AGCAAUGAGACGCAGAAAUAUAAGUUGGAACGAUACAAUUUGAUGACAACUAACUCCGAUGACCAGAUAUCUUCAUCUGUUGGAAUAGAUGAUGCUGUAGCACAGUUUGAAACAUAUGAAGACUAUCUAGAUUCUCAGAUAACGGCCACUGAUCUUUUUUAUUUGGAGGUUUACCAUAUUCUUUAUUCAUUACCUGAACAUUUUAAGGAUGAGGAAAUAGCUCGACAACUUGUUGAACUAGGUUACAGAGGAUCAGGUGAAACACUCAAACGUGAGGAGUUCAACAGUCGUAAGAAAGCACUUGCUGAGGCAAUGCUAGCUAAAGAGCAACAAAAAAAUGCAUUGUCUUCUUUCGGUCUGAAGAUAACGUGUCCAUUCCUCCAAGCUUUAGCUGAGCGGGAAGGUUCUAAUCGAACUGGUCAAAUGUCCACUAUUAUUUUUAUUAGAGAUAAGAAUUCACGUGGUCAAGAAAUAUCGGGCUACAUAGAUUAUGCACAUCGUUUGAAAUCUGAGGACUUCACAGUGUACUUUAAAGAAAAGAAAAAGUUGCUCCCAAGAACAGGAGAUCUAAGGUAUAUUGUAAAACAGUGUGUUUAAUUUGCUUAGCAAGUCGAUUUUACUAUUUUUAAUAGACAGCAGUUAGUUUUUAUAUGAUUUUAUUCAGAGAAUCCCAUAGUUAUAUCAUUAGGUUCGCAAAAGAAUCAAAAUGCAGAAACUGAAAGACAUUUUAUUUUAAGAUAUUGAAUAAACGAAUUGUUUCUAGAGCCUCAAAGUUCCACUGGAUCAACCAUGGUACAAUAAGUAUGCAGUAAUUAAACUUCCUAGUAAUAUUGAAACCGUUGAUCUAUAUGCAUUUAUGACCAAGUUUCGAAACAGACUCAGAAAGCCUAAUUGGCCUUUGCCAAAAUGUGUCACUUGUAAAGUAGGUGAGAUGCUCGUUUGCUAACUAAAAGAUAAAUAUACUGUGCAGCAGCAAUCUUUAUCCCACUUUAUGGAUGCUAAGCAUGAUCAUUAAAGCUAAAGGACACUUGGAGGUUACUUUUGUUUGAUUUUAGGUAUUUUAAAACACAGAUUGAGUAUUUUGGGACCACCAAUCGAUCAGUGCUAAUGUUAAGCAUAAGAUUUUAAAUGAAGGUGUUUAUUCAGUUGAUGAGGUAAUGAAGGCUCAUCAGCUGAGGUGGUUUGGAUAUGCACCACGUAGGCCUAACCACCGCCUAUCUCGUCGAGAGGUUUUAUCUGAAAUAGAAGUAGGUUAAAAGAAAGGUAGGGUCCGAAAAAUCAAUACGUGAUAGCAGUUUGGGAAGUUAUUUGUGUGGCAGACAUAUUGGUAAAUACAAACUACAUAAUUGGGACCCGAGUGAUAAUCAUAACCAAUGGUUGUAGAAGUUGAAUGAUAUGGCUCACAGUCGUUCGUAAUGACCCAGGUGCACUCAUUCUUCACAUCGUUUUAGAUCAUGAGUCCCGAAAUCGCUUCAUGGGUGUUUCAUUUUUAUAUAUCUAACAUUUUCUACUGCUGCUGAUGCUGCUACUUCUACCACUCUAGCAUUUGUGUUGAUAACUUUUACUCUUCGUUAAUGUGAUGUAGCAACUUAAACCGAUGCACAAAUAUCCUAGUUUAUAAGGUGAAUAUUACUAACUGACUUCCGGGCUCAUACUCAGCUAUUUAACUUCCUAAAAUACCACAAUUUUGUUAAAUAAGGCCAUUUUAGCUAAGAAAGUUUGUGCACACUAUAAUCCUUUAAAACACUGAAGGAAUAAUCAGGCUGGGUAUUUUUCUAAAAAUGUGUUUAACUAUUCUAAAGUGAAACAUAAAGUAGUUUUUAAAUCAAAGAUGACUGCAUGGUAUGGUGCAUUUGGUUGGUUUUUCUGACGAUAUGCUUUUCAUUUCUACGUUUCCAAAGAUUUUAAAUAAUCCCGCAGCAUGUAUUUAAAAUGCUCACUCUUAUUCUUAUAAAUACAAUAUCUCUAAUCUAUAGUUCUUAAAUUUCUAAUGUUAUUCACAAAUUCUUGAGAAUGAAUCCCUCUCCACCUAUUCAUUUUUAACUACCUUAAGUUCAGUCUCCCAACUAAUUCAUCCAUUUGGAAACAAGGACACACACUUAUCUUAAAUCAACACCUAAGUUGGCUUUUAUUAACAAGAUUCCAUGUGCAAAUAACUGUUUGAAGUAUGAAUAUUCCACACAAAAACUAAUAUAUGUAAAUAUACGUUAACUUAAUUCUUAGUUUCUACAAUUGGGAAACUCACAAUGUUGUAGCCAAUUCAUCACCGAAUUAUACUGUAAUAACAGAAAAUCCUAAUGGCCUUCUUUUGAAGAAUAAACGUGAUAGAAAAAUUUUAAAUGUUGACUCAACUGUAAGUUAUUGUUUCGUAAGUUUUGAUCGAAAAAUUGCAUGAAUUUCUAGCAUUAUUCAAGUAUGAAUUUUUCAGGCCUGAAUUUAGACAGCUUUUAUUAAUAGCUCAUUAUACAUUAGAAUUUCAGGCUUCCUUACCAAUCAUCACAUGAGAGAACUAAACGUUUAUGGAUAAUAGCAGAAUAUUUUAAACCGUACAUUACCACACUUCCGAACCUUAUCAACUAAGUCUGAUGUUAACUUGUUUAGCUUUAAAUGACAUUUAAAAAAUAGAUAAGGACUUGAUUACUGUAUAUCAAUUCCUUGUACUAAUCAUAAGAUUUGUGUAGAUGGUUUGACUGAAUCCAAACAUUAAGUAUAACUUAAAUCCAGUCUUAUUAUUUAUUUAAUAUAUUUUCAAACUUUGUCAGCUUAAUGAAUGUCUAACUAGUGAUUUGAUUGUAUCAGUAAAAUUAAAUUGUUCCCUUAGUUUUCAAUCCUCAUGAUAGAAGCAACAUUACCCAAGAGUUUUAAUUCAUAUUUUUAAAUGAAUAUAAACAAUUACCUCUAGGGGACAUUUUUAUAAUUCCAUGAUCAAUGCGUAAUUUUUAGAUUGUUCUACAAAUCAAAAACGUUGAUCCCUGAAUUUAUUAUACUACGAAAAUAUUACUUUUUUUACACCAUAUGUCUUGUAAUUAAAUAUCGCACUGUUUAAUUUUUAUUCAUUUCAGGCUGCAUCCCCUGGUGAUAAUUCCAUAAGAACAAUCGUCGAAACUGACAAGUAUCUUCAAGUUGUUAUCUACGAUCAUAUAACUAAGAGAAAAACGUGAAUGUUUAUUUUCCCAUUUCUAAGUACCCUACUAAAUUAUCAUUUUGAUAAAGGAAACUCUGAAUGAUUUUAACACAAAUUAUCAUAUUUCCGAAAAGUUAAACGUUAUUGAAUUAAUCAACCAUGAUUUUGGAUGCAUUUUACAUAGAAUCUAACUAUCGAUUAACAGUGCUUGUGAAAAUAAUCGUAAUUCAAAUAAAACCUUUUAUUUGAAGUUAA